UGCCCGCCAUGACCAUAUUUUAUAGCAUUGUAAGAUCAUUGUCGUCCGUAAUCACAUUGAUAUUAUUUUAGUAUUCUUCUCUCGCACGGUCUCUGUGAAAUGUUUCAUGAUCCCGCGGACGAAACGCAUAGAAAACCACGUCAACUUAGGAACACUCCGCUACAGAAAUAUGUUCGACUCGCGGCACUCACCGUAACCCUUUUUUACGCUGGUGCAAUGUAUAUUUCCUGGAGAAAGAAUGUCGUUCCAUUGUUAAACGACGAAAAUAUAAUCAGAGAAUUCACUCUCCCAAGAGAUGAGAAAAAAGAGUUCGAAGAUUACAUCACAAUUCCAUUUUUGACAGGUACUAUUCAAAAGUUGAUAGAAAAGACUAAAUCUAAAGCAGAAGCUGAAUCAGAGAAUACGCAAGCUAAAGCUGAAUAAAGUUUGAAUAACAAAAUAUUCAAAGUUUAUAUAACAGUAAUGGACGUUGAAAGGAAUGGAUUCUGUAAGCCUAGUAAUUUAGAAGGAAGAUUGAGAUUAAGGAAAAAUGAUAAGGAAAGUACGGAUAACAAGGUUCUUUCUAACAAUAAUGAAUCUAAUACGGAUGAUACUUCUACAUCCCAACCUCCACUUGAUGACAGUAUAUUGGAUUUUAAAUCGCCAAAAAGAAUACAUUCCAUGCAAUCGAAAGUUAUUAACAGUAACAAAUUUCCAGAUAAAGUCAAAAAGAAAGUACUCCAUUCUAAACCUAAAAUUAUUAUAAAUGAAAAGAAAUCUAAAAAUGGAAAACCAUUACAGAAUAAAAAGAUUUUUCAUGAUGUACAACAACCAUUAAUUGAAUCAUCUUUUUUUAAAUCUGAAAAGAAAGAAAUAGAGUCACCGCAAAGUUCAACUGUGAAAACUGCUUUUGUAUGUCCAUUGUGUUUUAAAAAUUUUAAAGAUGAAAAUUCACAAGCUGUACAUAUGAAGAGCUGUGCCAUGAAAAAUAACAUGUCUACAAAAAAAUUAAUGGAUGCUGUAGAAUUGCAAGAACGGCAAGCUGCAGAAAGAAAAUCAUUGGGGCUACUCUCCGCUCCUAUAUUACAAGAUAAAAAGAAAUCUGCUCCUCGUAAAAUAGUAUCGCAUGACCCUGAUCUUCAGCUUGCUUUAGCCCUUUCCAAAUCUCUAUAUGAAAAAGAGAAAAUGGAAGAAUGGGAUGAAGUUCAGAUCGUAGCAAUAUCCUCUAAUCCAUCAGUGUCAGAUAAUAAUGAAGAAUGUCCUCAGAAAGCAACAUUGCAAAAUUUUGGGUUUAGUAGCAGUAGAAAUGUGUUACCAACAAACAAUUUGCCCACCAGUAGAAUUAAGAAAAGAAAGCCUAUUGAACCAACCAUUUUGCAAAGACGUACAGCUCUAGAAAGAGAACGUAUUUUAACAGAGAGAAUAGCUGAGAUACUUAUGGGUUGUAAAGAUUUUACUCAAAGAUCUCAGGAAAAAGUAGAAGAGUCUAACGACGUUAAAGAGAAGAUUGAUAUAAAGAGUCAAUUACUUCAACAAUUACGUCAAAUUGAGAAUACAUUAUGGGAUAGGACAAAACUAAUUCUAACUGAAGAUAUAUUUUAUGUAAAACAACUAUCGCCUCAAAUAACAUCAUUAGAAAAGAAAGAGCAGAAAUCAAAUGAAGAGAAGAAUGUUAUAAACAUUAUGGAAUUAAACAUAAACAACGAAAAAUCUUUAAAUAAUGAACAAAUGCAAGAAAUAAAAGAAAUACAGGACGUUAUAAAAACUACGGAUACUAAUGAAACAUUAAUGAUUUCUUCAAAUAUUGUUAAUAUAUGUUGCAAAGAAAAUCAAUUCCUUGACAAUUUAGCUACAAGUUGGAGAAAUAUAUUAAAUGAUAGUUCUGCAAGUGAUAUUAUUGUUUUCGUUAGAAAUAGCAAACACAUAUGGACGCAUAAGUUGGUUUUCUAUACACGUUGCGCAAAUAUUUUACAUGAUGUAAUAUCUAAUGAUACAGAGUUCUCUACUGCAAAAGAAAAAAUUUGUUGGCUUGAUACAGACUAUGAUGUCGCCAUGGCUUUUUUAGAAUUUGUUUAUUGUGGUGUAAUCGAUAAGUAUUCAAAAAUACUUGAUUCUCAGAUAACUUUAUCUAGUAUUAGAGCUUUAGGAAGAAAAUACAAAAUAAAUGAUUUAUUUGUUUAUUUGCGUCAAAAGAAAUCUAAAUCUAUAGCAGAAAUUAAACAUAAUUGUAAUACUUAUGAAAAAAGUAUAGAAAAUGUACAUCCAAAUAUAGAAACAACUUUCGAUGUUUCAAAAUUAAAUAAAUCUUUCAACAAAUCACCAAAUUGUACGCAUAAUGUUGUGGAAAAUAUUCCAUGCUUUCAGAAAACGUUACAAGGAGGUGUUAAUGAUGAUUUAUAUCUUCUUGAAAAUAAUUACGCAUCUGCAAAGAACUUGUGUGUUUUGCAAGACGAAAAAGAUACUUCACUGAAAUUAUCAGAGGAAAUGAAUUUCAGGAGUAACACACCGAUAAAACGAGAAAUUAGUGUAUCUCCUGACAUGUUUGAUGAGACAUUUGUGAUGAAGCACAGCGAUAAAUCCACAGAACACUCUAAAAAUUUGGAAGAUUCUAAUAUUCAUAUAUUACUGAAUUUGCUCAAACAAGAUGUUGAUAUCUAUAGUCAAAAAUUAUCAACUGCAAAACCUCAGAAUACAGAAUGUUUAGAGUUAGGAAGUACAUCUAUCUGUUUGAAAAAUUUGGAACAAAGUGUAGAAAUUAAUCCAGAUGUCGAAUCAAAUUCUCUGAAAUUUUCUACCAAUGAUAUGCAUAACAAUUUUUUAAUUGAUACUUCCCAAAACAGUAAAUCAAGAUGUAGUCAAGAUCGUCUUUCAAAGGUAAUAAAACAGAAAAGUAAUCUCACAUUAUUUAUCGAAGAAAUCCAGAAGGAAAACGCGGAAUCGGAUGCGUUGAUAAAUGCCACAGAAAUGGAAUGUUCUGUACAAACAUCUCCUAUAAAGUAUAACAAUCCAUUUUGUAUAGACAAGUACGAUAACUUUAAUCUUCAAUCUUGUGAUAAUGAUGCUGAACAAUCAGUUGAUACAGAGAAAAAAGCCGGUAGAUUAUCUAUAAUAGAGCAGCAUAUGCAGUCGUAUGCUGCCAAAAAUCCAGAAUUUUAUUCUCGUCUUUCUAAUGAAGAUGUAGACGAUGUUAAACAGAUUAAUAAUUCGCACAUAGAUUCUGUAUCAUCUAAAAAGAUAACAGAUUCUUCCCAUAAUAAUAUAUUGAAUUGUACACAAAACUUUACUUCAUCAGAUGAGAGAAAUGUUUCAGAACAAAUCACAACUGUACCAGCAGUAUGUUCACAACAUAUUGAAAUAAUGAAUCGAUCGCUUAACGAAACCAUCUCUGAUUUAGAAACGGAUGAGGAAGAGAUUUCUAUGUAUUCUAAAUAUAUGAGAGAUCACAAGGAUAAUAGCAUAGCAAAGUAUCGAAGAGCAAUCAGUAAAAAUAAGUCAGAUAAUAAUCUAUCUAAUAAAAGUACAUUAUCUGAUUCCCUCAAUGAAGACAGUAAUGUCAGUGAGGCUGAAAAAGAUGAAAUUUUGACUCAAUCUGUUUUGACACAAAAAGAUGCAGAUAUAAUUGUUUCAUCAGAUUCAGAUGUUGAAAGUAUAUCUUUCAAUGUUAGCCAUAUCUUAGAGAACAAUGACUCCAACCAUGAAAAUAUCAUGUCUCAUUCUCUGCAACAAUCUAGAAAAGAAAUAGAAAGUAACAGACAGAAUAUGACAAAUGAAAAUAGCAGUCAAUCUUUCGAAAUUAACAAAUUUUCAAAAGCAAUGACGACGUACUUGGAAGAAGAAAAAAAUAUUAAUAGCGCAAAAUUAAAUCCAAAUAAGUUAAAUACUACAGAGAUAAUGUCUAUGACACAAAAAUAUAAAUUUAAUGAAUUAAAUGAUGCUCAAAAAAAGGAGUCUAUUCCAAGUCCGAUUAUGGUAUCCUCUAGCCCAGAUUUUUUAAAUAAUGAAAGCUACAGUCCAAUUCUACAUAUGGAAAGCUUGCUUCAAGGUAAACUCUGUACCGAAAAUGUAUCAGGAUUAGAAACUUGUAAAUUAAGAAAGUCAGCCACUUUUGAUUUUGAAGACGAUAUAUAUCUUGCAAAUGUUGAUAUUAAUAAAUACGAGAAGCAACAUAUUUUGGAGAAGAGUCGAUCAUUUAACAUAUCAAGUAUGAGAGAAUUUAAUAGUAGUACACGCAGAAGCAAUAAUAAAAAUAAUCAUGGAAAUAUCAAAGGGAGAGAUAUAGCAGCAAAUUAUUAUGGAAACUUAGAUAAUAAUGUUACAUCUUUGACUCAAAAUUUUACAAGUGUUAAGAAAUUUAAAAGGAAAUCUUUAUCCGAGGGGCAGAUUAAUCCAAAUAGAUUACGUAAUCAAAGAGUGACAUCUACAGAUAUGUCCAGACAAUUUCAAUGUAAUUAUAUUCAGAAUAUUGGAAAUGCAAAAACGCCUAAAAUAACUGAUAAAGAUGUUACACCUCCGCCUGUUUACAACGAUAUGAGCACUCCUGAAUUACACAAAGAAAUGAAAAAAUAUGGAUUAAAGGUACAAAAACGUAGCAGAGCUGUAAAAUUAUUAACGCACAUUUAUAACGAACUUCAUCCUUUAGUGCCUAAGAAAACGAUAGGACAGCAGGUCACUGAAAUUUCGAGCGACGAAGACGAGGAACCUCCACUGAAGAAACAAAACGUAGAUAACAGUUUGGAAAAAUCGAGCAAUUCAGAAGACAGUGAAAAUGAAUUGCCUUGUUCUCAAGAUAGCAACAAUAGUGUAAGUCUUACAAAAGAAACACUCAACAAAGAAAUGGAAUUUUAUGAAACCGAGUCAUCAUCGGUACUGGAGAAUUCAUCGAAUAUUAAAGAAGCCUUUAUGAAACUAAUCAAUACUGAUAAAGCUUUAUAUAAUAAAAUAUUACAAUAUGAACCAGUGAAUAUUGAUCAUUUGCGUUGUAUGUUGCUAACUUGCAUCACUUGCACAUCCUUUCGAUUUGCAGGCAGGUGGCUUAUCACUUGGCAUUUGCUCAGUUGUCGACAGUUGUCGAUGAUUGUCGAUUUGUUGUGGCUGCUGUUUCUAGUAUUCCAAUUUUCCACAUUGCUGAACGUGCUUACUUGUAGAACGUUAUUUCAGAAAGUUUGUAGCUCUUCAGUGAUAUAUCUGUCAAAUAAUUUUAUCAAUAUGUCAGAGAAAGUAUUAUUACCAGAUAUCUAUACAUCAGACAAGUAUGGUAAUGAUGAGACAGGAGAUGGUUCAGAGAGUAACCCCUUUAAAACUAUCUUAAGAGCGAUGCGUCAUGCCAAUAAGGAACCUUUUCCAACUAUCUAUCAGGACUCUCGAGAAAAUAACAAAAAAUACGAACCAGCAUCUAAGUCUCAAUUAAAGAAAAUACAAAAGAUUUGGGUUAGAGAACAAUAUAAGAAAGACGAGAAGGAGAAGAAAUUAUUGGAAGAUGAAGAAAAGAGAUUGAAAAAUCUUGGAGAGGCUAAAUCAAUUGUUAUAGAAGAGGAUAAGACUCUACCAGAAGCAAAAGAAAUCAAGAUAAAACAAGCUGUUGAUCACAGAGAUCAAAGAGUUAAGCUAUAUGGAUGGAUACAUAGACUAAGACGGCAAGGCAAAGCCCUCAUAUUCAUCACAUUGCGAGACGGAACAGGUUUUCUGCAGUGUGUACUUACUGAUAAACUUUGUCAAACAUACAAUGCCUUGACCCUUGCCACGGAAGCUGCUGUUCAACUGUUUGGAAUCUUGAAAGCUGUUCCUGAAGGGAAAAAUGCACCUGGUGGUCACGAAUUAUCUGUUGAUUAUUGGGAACUUGUUGGACCGUCACCUCCUGGUGGUGCCGAUUCAAUUUUGAACGAAGAAGCUCUUCCUGACGUACAAUUGGAUAAUAGGCAUAUAAUGAUUCGAGGCGAAAAUACAUCAAGAAUCUUAAUCAUGAGAUCUGUAUUAACGCAAGCAGUCAGAGAUCAUUAUAAGGAUCGUGGUUAUCAUGAGGUAACUCCUCCAACUUUGGUGCAAACCCAAGUAGAAGGUGGUUCAACUCUCUUCAAAUUAGAUUAUUUUGGAGAAACUGCUUUUCUUACUCAGAGUUCUCAAUUAUAUCUUGAAACGUGCCUUCCAGCGAUGGGAGAUGUAUAUUGCAUUGCCCAAUCAUAUCGGGCAGAGCAAUCAAGAACACGUCGCCACCUUGCCGAAUACACGCAUAUCGAGGCAGAAUGUCCAUUUAUUACAUUUGACGAUUUACUUGAUCGAUUAGAAGAUUUAAUUUGCGACGUAGUUGAGCGAGUUCUGAAAUCGCCUCUCGGUCAUCUUGUCAAAGAAUUGAAUCCGAACUUUCAAAUUCCUAAGAAGCCUUUCAAACGAAUGAAUUACAGUGAUGCAAUUGAAUAUCUGAGAGAAAAUAAUAUUACAAAAGAAGAUGGCAGCUUUUAUGAGUUUGGAGAAGAUAUUCCAGAAAUGCCAGAAAGAAAAAUGACUGACGCUAUCAAUGAGCCAAUAAUGCUUUGUCGAUUUCCCGCUGAAAUUAAAUCGUUUUACAUGCAACGUUGCAAGGAUGAUGAACGCUUAACAGAGUCUGUCGACGUACUUUUACCAAACGUGGGUGAAAUUGUGGGCGGUUCAAUGCGUACCUGGGAUCACGAAGAGUUGAUGGAAGGUUACAAACGUGAAAACAUUGAUCCGACUCCAUACUACUGGUAUACAGACCAGCGGAAGUAUGGAUCUUGUCCUCACGGCGGUUACGGAUUGGGAUUAGAACGACUUUUGUGCUGGCUGUUGAACAGGUAUCACAUACGUGAGGUAUGCUUAUAUCCGCGUUUCUUGGAGCGUUGUCGUCCAUAAAAGAAUAUCGAUAUAUAUGAGAAUAUCAAUAUUAAAACGAUAUGCACAUUACAAGAGAAACGUUCUGCUUUUUCCUAUUACAAUAUAAACUACA